AUGAACAAGGCAUUAUCUUACAUUGUCAAGUCUAUUGUUGCUAAAGCCGUAGCCAAAGAAGCUCGAAUGGGUGCUCCUUUGCUACGACUCUAUUUUUAUGAUUGCUUUGUUAAGGGUUGUGAUGUAUCGGUGUUUUUAAAUGGCAGUGGAACCUUAAUAAGUGAAAAAUUAUCAAACACCAAUAUAAAUUCAACACGUGGAUUUGAUGUAAUUGAUGAAAUUAAAUUUGUAGUUGAAAAGAAAUGCCCUCAAACUGUCUCUUGUGCUGAUAUAUUGACACUUGCUGCAAGGGAUUCUAUUGUUUUAGCUAGUGGUCCAAGUUGGGAGGUUCCAUUACCUCCUAAUAUUAAAUUAUCAUUAUCAAGGAGCCACACGAUCGGAAAAGCAAGAUGCACCAGUUUCAAAGCAUAA